AUCCACACAUAGAGAAAGGUGAUACAUCUUAAGAAAAACGAAGUUGAGAGAAUUUCAGUGCUCUAACUUUGACUAAGAUGGCCAAAAUUUGGCCAUGCCUUGCUUAUGCAUUGGCGUUGUGCUUGUUGAUCAUCAACAAUGUAGCUGCUAAUGAUGAUAAGCCUUAUAAUGCUCCACAACCAUAUUAUGGGAAGAAACCGGAAACACCUUCAAGAGCACCACCAUACGUUUACAGGUCACCACCUCAUCCAUAUCAAUCACCACCAUCCUAUGCCUACAAGUCCCCACCUCCACCAUCUCCUUCACCACCUCCUCCUUACAUCUACAAAUCUCCACCUCCACCAUCUCAUUCGCCUCCACCACCCUAUGUCUACAAGUCGCCACCUCCACCAUCUGCCUCACCACCCCCACCUUAUGUCUACAAGUCCCCACCUCCACUAUCUCCGUCAUCACCUCCUCCUUAUGUCUACAAGUCCCCACCUCCACCGUCUCCCUCACCUCCCCCACCCUAUGUCUACAAGUCCCCACCUCCACCAUCUCCCUCACCACCACCUCCUUACAUCUACAAGUCACCUCCUCCACCAUCUCCUUCGCCUCCUCCUCCAUACAUCUACAAAUCCCCACCUCCACCAUCUCCUUCACCUCCCCCACCAUAUGUCUACAAGUCCCCACCUCCACCAUCUCCUUCACCACCUCCCCCUUAUAACUACAAGUCCCCACCUCCACCAUCUCCCUCACCACCUCCUCCUUACAUUUAUAAGUCUCCACCACCACCAUCUCAUUCACCUCCUCCACCAUAUGUUUACAAGUCUCCACCACCACCAUCUCCUUCACUUCCUCCACCAUAUGUCUACAAGUCCCCACCUCCUCCAUCUCCUUCACCUCCCCCACCUUAUGUCUACAAGUCCCCACCUCCACCAUCUCAUUCACCUCCUCCUCCUUAUGUUUACAAGUCUCCACCUCCACCAUCUCCUUCACCACCUCCCCCUUACAUCUACAAGUCCCCACCUCCACCAUCUCCAUCACCACCUCCUCCUUACAUUUAUAAGUCUCCACCACCACCAUCUCAUUCACCUCAUCCACCAUAUGUUUACAAGUCUCCACCUCCACCAUCUCAUUCACCUCCACCACCAUAUGUCUACAAGUCCCCACCUCCUCUAUCUCCUUCACCUCCCCCACCUUAUGUCUACAAGUCCCCACCUCCUCCAUCUCCGUCACCACCUCCUCCUUAUGUCUACAAGUCCCCACCUCCACCGUCUCCCUCACCUCCCCCACCCUACGUCUAUAAGUCCCCACCUCCACCAUCUCCCUCACCUCCCCCACCCUACGUCUACAAGUCCCCACCUCCACCAUCUCCCUCACCACCUCCACCCUAUGUGUACAAGUCCCCACCUCCACCAUCUCCUUCACCACCUCCACCUUAUGUUUACAAAUCACCACCUCCACCAUCUCCUUCACCACCUCCACCUUAUGUUUACAAAUCACCACCUCCACCAUCUCCUUCACCUCCUCCACCUUACACCUACAAGUCACCACCUCCACCAUCUCCCUCACCACCUCCUCCUUACAUCUACAAGUCACCACCUCCACCAUAUGUCUACAAGUCUCCACCUCCACCAUCUCCCUCACCACCUCCCCCAUAUGUCUACAAGUCUCCACCUCCACCAUCUCCCUCACCACCUCCUCCUUACAUCUACAAGUCACCACCUCCACCAUCUCCCUCACCUCCUCCACCCUAUGUGUACAAGUCCCCACCUCCACCAUCUCCCUCACCACCUCCACCCUAUGUGUACAAGUCCCCACCUCCACCAUCUCUUUCACCACCUCCACCAUAUGUCUACAAGUCUCCACCUCCACCAUCUCCCUCACCACCUCCCCCAUAUGUCUACAAGUCUCCACCUCCACCAUCUCCCUCACCACCUCCUCCUUACAUCUACAAGUCACCACCUCCACCAUCUCCCUCACCUCCUCCACCCUAUGUGUACAAGUCCCCACCUCCACCAUCUCCCUCACCACCUCCACCCUAUGUGUACGAGUCCCCACCUCCACCAUCUCCUUCACCACCUCCACCUUAUGUUUACAAAUCACCACCUCCACCAUCUCCCUCACCACCUCCUCCUUACAUCUACAAGUCACCACCUCCACCAUCUCCCUCACCACCUCCACCAUAUGUCUACAAGUCUCCACCUCCACCAUCUCCCUCACCACCUCCACCAUAUGUCUACAAGUCUCCACCUCCACCAUCUCUCUCACCACCUCCACCAUAUGUCUACAAGUCCCCACCUCCACCAUUUUCCCCAUCACCUCCACCAUAUGUCUACAAGUCACCACCUCCACCAUCUCCAUCACCUUCUCCUCCUUACAUUUACUAGUCUCCACCUCCACCUCCACCUUCACCAUCUCUUUUACGCCUUCCUCCUUAUGUUUACAACUCGACACCACCUCUUGUUUACAACUCCAUUAUUCUACCGCCAUACUAUUAAAAGAUUCCACCACCACCUCCAUACUAUUAUAUAUCACCUCAACCUUCACCAUACAUGUACGAGCCACCAUUGCUUCCGCCAUAUAAGUACGAGUCAUCACCUCCACCUCCAUAUACGUACAAGUCAUUACCACCUCUGUCAUAUAAGCACGAGUCACCACCUCCACCUCCAUAUAUGUACAAGUCACCACCACCUCCUCCAUAUAAGUAUAAGUCUCCGCCUCCACCCCCGUACAUGUACAACUCGCCACCACCUCCUCCAUACAAGUAUGAGUCGCCACCUCCUCCCCCAUAUGUGUAUAAGUCACCACCACCUCCUCCAUACAAGUAUGAGUCUCCACCUCCACCUCCAUACGUGUACAAGUCACCACCACCUCCUCCAUACAAGUAUGAGUCACCACCACCUCCUCCAUACAAGUACAAGUCACCACCACCUCCUCCAUACAAGUAUGAGUCACCACCUCCUCCUCCUUAUGUGUACAAAUCACCACCUCCACCUCCAUACAAGUAUGAGUCUCCACUUCCACCCCCAUACGUGUACAAGUCACCACCACCUCCUCCAUACAAGUAUGAGUCACCACCUCCACCUCCAUACAAGUACGAGUCACCACCACCUCCUCCAUACGAGUACAAGUCACCACCUCCACCCCCAUAUGUGUACAAGUCACCACCACCUCCUCCAUACAAGUAUGAGUCACCACCUCCAUACAAGUACAAGUCACCACCACCUCCUCCAUACGAGUACAAGUCACCACCUCCACCCCCAUAUGUGUACAAGUCACCACCACCUCCUCCAUACAAGUAUGAGUCACCACCUCCUCCUCCUUAUGUGUACAAAUCACCACCUCCACCUCCAUACAAGUAUGAGUCUCCACCUCCACCCCCAUACGUGUACAAGUCACCACCACCUCCUCCAUACAAGUAUGAGUCACCACCUCCCCCUCCAUACAAGUACGAGUCACCACCACCUCCUCCAUACGAGUAUAAGUCACCACCUCCACCCCCAUAUGUGUACAAGUCACCACCACCUCCUCCAUACAAGUAUGAGUCACCACCUCCUCCUCCUUAUGUGUACAAAUCACCACCUCCACCUUCAUACAAGUAUGAGUCUCCACCUCCACCCCCAUACGUGUACAAGUCACCACCACCUCCUCCAUACAAGUAUGAGUCACCACCUCCACCUCCAUACAAGUAUGAGUCACCAUCUCCUCCUCCAUACAAGUACAAGUCACCACCUCCACCCCCAUAUGUGUACAAGUCACCACCACCUCCUCCAUACAAGUAUGAGUCACCACCUCCUCCUCCUUAUGUGUACAAAUCACCACCUCCACCUCCAUACAAGUAUGAGUCUCCACCUCCACCCCCAUACGUGUACAAGUCACCACCACCUCCUCCAUACAAAUAUGAGUCACCACCUCCACCUCCAUACAAGUAUGAGUCACCACCACCUCCUCCAUACAAGUACAAGUCACCACCUCCACCCCCAUAUGUGUACAAGUCACCACCUCCACCUCCAUAUGUGUACAAGUCACCACCACCUCCUCCAUACAAGUAUGAAUCUCCACCCCCAUAUAUGUAUAAGUCACCACCACCUCCAUCAUAUUACAAGUAAACUCCACAUAUCUUUCUUUUCAUCUGAAGAUCCAUUCUUCCUCUGUCUCUUUUAUUUUCCCCUCAUUACAUUAACAAGUCUCCAGGUCUUCCACUACCUUCAAUUACAUCGUAAAUCUCCAAGUCUCCUCCCUCAUUAUUAUCAUUCCCUCCUACUCUAUAUUACUACAAAUCUCUAUCAUCUCUUUCUACACCCCAUCCCUUUCCUUACUACUAUAAAUCGCUUCAUUUCUACCAGUACUUGUACUAAGUUAAAAGAACCCUAAUUAUUUAAUGAAAUAAGAGAAGGGAUCAUUGCUACAAGAAAUCAUUAGUUGGUUUCUUGCAAGCCUUGUGGUUACGCCAACUCAUAGAUAAAGGAUUUGUUAUGUUUUCAAGAAUAUUUACUUUGUGAAUUUUCAAUUUCAUGUUAAUUUAAAUCAACUUAUGUUUAUAUGCUUUCAUAUACAAAGAUGCAAAAUAAUGUAAUUUGAGUUCUCUUGAUUACAA